AUGGCUGACAUCCUCCACCAGAACAGUUCUCAUUACUACGAGCCUGCUAAACGCCAGAUCUCGAUCGACGAGGAUUACAGCGACUGUGACGAAAUGUCUCAAUCUAACAACCCCAACCUAGUGACUCCGCCUGACGACAUGGAAGGCAUUAUGACACAGCUUUCGCAACUCACCAUGAACGCGCAAGGUCCACAGGAUCAACUACAGAGUCAAGCGCCUGCUCAAUCCAUCUCCGAAGCCGUACUAGCCGCCAACUGGGUCCGCAUCUUCGAACACCAUCACCCCACUCAAAAGCACGUGUUGAACCCAUACCGUGACUCUGACAAGCAGAUGACCAGCUUCAUCCGCUCGUGGUUCGCCUUCUCCGAGCUCAAAGGCUUCCUGCAUCUCGAUUCUUUGGUCAAUGCAAUGUCUACUACUAUGGAGCCAGGUUCCGAUGUAGAGGACCCAAGGAAGAAGUAUACGUCCUUCGAGCAGUGGUAUGGUGAUGCAGAGAAGCCGCCAGGCUGGAUAUUUGAUGGGGAGACCGAGAGUCUUGUGCUGUAUUCGCGCUGGCUUGCAAGUAAGGGUUUGGGUGCGCAGAUUGCUGAGCAGGGGCCUGGUGCUGGGGUCGAACAAAUCGGGACGCAGACGCAGACCGAUGAUGUCGAGGGUCAAGAUGCAGGCCUUUCGGACCAGCUUCAGCGGAUGCAGAUCGAUGACAUGAUGCUGGACUAG